GGUGCGCGACGUCACCGGAGGAAGGUUUUCCAUGAGUUCUUUAAAGAGCGAUAAACGAUGACAACAACUUUAAAACAAGCUCUGAAAACCCACUUUGGGUUCGACAACUUCCGGUCCAAAAUACAGGAGGAAGUUGUGGAAGUGAUAGUUAAAGGUGACAGGGAUGUGUUUGUGUGCAUGCCCACUGGGGCAGGGAAGUCCCUCUGCUACCAGCUGCCUGCUGUCCUGGCUGAGGGUAUUACUCUGGUUAUAUCCCCGCUGAUCGCUCUCAUUCAGGACCAAGUGGACCACCUGAGGAGCCUGAACAUCGCCGCCUGCUCCAUCAACUCCAAACUCCCAGCCGGCGAGCGUCGGCUCAUCCUGGCUGAUUUAGGGAGCAGCAGCCCCAAGCUGAAGCUGCUCUAUAUAACACCUGAGAUGGUGGCCUCUCCCUCGUUCCAGCCCUGCCUGACCGGCCUGUGCUCCCGCGGCCUGCUGUCCUACCUGGCUGUGGACGAGGCUCACUGCGUCUCCCAGUGGGGACACGACUUCAGGCCGGACUACCUCAAACUGGGAGAGCUGCGAGGUCGGUUGCCGGGGGUUCCCUGUUUGGCCCUGACGGCGACGGCGCCCAAGAAUGUACAAGAGGACGUAGUUCAGUCCCUGAGGAUGCGCUCGCCGCUCUCUUUUGUUACACCUGUGUUCCGCAGUAACUUGCACUAUGAUGUGAUCUUCAGGGAGCUGCUGCCAAACCCUUACCUCCACCUCUACGCCUUCAUUCAGAAGUCCCUGGCUCUGGACAGCGGCUCUAAAGGACAGGGUUGUGGGAUUGUGUACUGUCGGACCAGGGAGGGCUGUGAAACGGUGGCUCACCAGCUGACCAAGCUCGGAGUCUUGUCCAAACCGUAUCAUGCAGGUCUGAGUGCAGGAGAUCGCACAGACUCCCAGAACGAGUGGAUGCAGGGGAAGGUGCUGGUGAUUGUAGCCACCAUCAGCUUUGGUAUGGGAGUCGACAAGGCCAAUGUCAGGUUUGUGGCUCACUGGAACCUCGCCAAGUCUCUGGCCAGUUACUACCAAGAGUCCGGGCGAGCUGGGAGAGACGGGCUGCCCUCCUCCUGUCGCACGUACUACUCCCCAAAAGAUAAGGAGCAAAUGAACUUCCUCAUCCGCAAAGAAGUCGCCCGCAAACAGGAAAAACGAGGCUCUGCAAAGGAGGCGGACAAAGCGUCCAUCACAGACUUUGAUGCCAUGGUGUCCUUCUGCGCUCAAGAAGCUUGUCGCCAUGCCACCAUCUCCAAGUUCUUUGGGAACACACCGCCAAACUGUGCAGGCGCCUGCGACUUCUGUCAGAACCCCAAAGCUGUUCGCGCCCAGCUGGAGCGGGCGGCCGUCCUCAGCACCAAGACCGGGGCUCAGAGCCAAGAGGCCACCGGGCCGUUCGGCUUCCAACGGGGCCUCUAUGAAGGAGGGAGGAAGGGCUACGGCUUUGAGAGGUUUGACGAAGGUGACGCCAGUAGCGAUGAAGAGGAUGGCUCAAAGAGGAAGAAGGUGUUUUCAGACCUCUUCAAGAAGCAGAUGAAAAUGCGGAAGGCAACUGACAAUCGGAGGGGAGACUUUGUUACUCCGGACGCUGACUGUCCGCUCAGAGAGGCCAGCAGCCAGAGGAUCCCCAGACUCACUGUGAAGGCCAGAGAGCACUGCCUGUGCCUUCUGCAGGAGGCGCUAUAUGGCCACCAGGGGGCAGACGAUGCAUUCAGUGACACCCUGUCCUUAGCGGCCGAUAUCGAACACGAGGUCUUCAAGAGCAGCAAGUCCUCCAACUUGUACAAAGCCGCUGUUCUGAAGAAGGUUUCUGAGAUGAAGAAAACAGCACCUGGAGAAAAGAGAGAAGGUGUCAAAGCUGACAGCAGCAGUGAAAAUGAGUCAAAACUCAAAGAGGAACCACCCUCGUCUUCUUCCACCUCCUUCUCUGAGGAGCUGCAGGGGUUCACAUCUGCAUCUGAGAUCUACUCAAUGAAGCGUAAGAGAGUAGGAGCAGGCCUGAGAGGAUCAUCCAACCCCUUCCAGACCGCUAAAGAUCUGCUGAAGACCUCCACGUCGGACUCUUUGUCCAACAAGAGGACGGAGAGCGGCGGGUUUUACGACGACAGCUCAGGAGGCUCUGAGGGGACGAAGACAGAUGUUUCUACAGCUGUAACCUCGUCGGUCAGAGACAGAGCGAAGGCCGUCGCCGCCCAAUCCCUGAGCAGCCCGACGAAGGCCGGCAGAGCCAUGAGCAAGAAGCAGCAGAAGCUAGCGGAAGCAGCAAAGAGCUCCCGAAACAUUUCCCAGUUUUUUGCGAAGAAGGAAACGACAGAGAAAAGCCACGAGGAGGCGGAGACGCUGCCGGGACUUGAUGCAACGAUGGAGGUCGAUCAAGAAAGCAACGAGGAACACUCGCCUGUCCCUGUGGAAGACGAAGAGAUCAGUCCUGUGGAGACUCAGGACCUGAUCCAAGAGGAAAGUAAAAGAGACGUAAUAGUUAUACAUGAUGAUGAUGAUGAUGAUGGUGGCGAUGAAGAGGAGGAGACACAUCAAACAGAGACGUUGGAGCUGGAGCGGCUAAAAGACACAUCAGAAGAGAAUAUGGAGUCCGUUACAGAACAAAACAAACCAGAAGAAGAAGCUAAACCAGCUCCAACAGAAGGAUUGACAGAUGACAUGAAAAUAGAGAUCAGAGGGUCGUCUCCUCCGGCGAAGCGCAGCCGCCCCGCAGAAAGACGAGUAACCUUCAACCCCAACGUUCAGGAGAGAGCCCUGCUGCCCGUCAACGAGCCCCCCAAGCCUGUGACGCUGAAGGAAGCAGCCGAUAUCGUGGUGCGCUACCUGGACCCCUUCUACACUCAGGGGAAGUUCGCCACCAAGGAGUUGUUUAAAUCCUUCGCCCGCUAUUUAUCUCACCUUCUGGCGGAGGGGAGGAGUCUGGGGAAAGGCCAAGUCAAAGCAGAAGCCAAAGCUCUCAUCAAGAAGUUCUUCAGCGGCGUGAAGCGCUGCGAGAGCGAGGCCGACUGGAAGCACCUGAAGAGGCCGCACAGCUGUAAAACCACAGAGAACAAGGAAUGAUGGGAAGCGGGAACUUUGUCGUUUUAACAGUGGAACCCUUCCCCCUGGUGUCAGUGCCUAAGCCUUUCUCUGGUCCCAGUGAACUCAGGCGCCUGCCGACCAGCCUCAUGCUGGAUUUACUGCUCGAGCUCAGCUGGAUCACUGCUGCUGCAGAAGCUUAUGUCAAUAACUAAGCAAUAACAUGUGGGCUGUGACAGAGGUGAAUCUGUGUGCAUACUAAUGAGACGAGUGUUGUCUGUAUGUUUCAGCUAUUAACUGAAAAUUGUGACUUUUUUUAUUUGUUUAUUCGUUUCAUGACAGUACGGCACUCUUGUUAUACUGCACUCUCCUUCCUUUAAGUCAAUGUGCACUUACAUCUUUAGUGAAACAUGUUUUCAAGUCUCUGCAAGGUGAUUUUUUUUAAUACUGAGUUGAAAUGAAUGGAAACCAAAGGCCUCUUGUUAUAAACAGGUCUACAGCCAUGCUAGCAGCUCUGUUUCUCUUUACACAGCAGUGCUUUAAAGAACACAGAGUACAGCUGAGGCUGACGGGAAUGUCAGUUUUGAAGAUAUUUGAACAUAAAUAGAAUUAACCCGACGCGGCUUGAUGAAAAGUCAGGGGAUCAUCCACAGGGUUCAUCCUCUGGGGACCCUCUAAUAUGAACUAAACUACAUUCUAGUCUCUCAAAUAUUUGUGGAGAUAUUUCUGUCUGGGCCAAAGACGGACAGACAAACUGACAUGUUCCUCCAGAGUUACCAGCAUGGCUAGAAACACAUGGUGGAAAUGGUUGACAGUAAUGUGAAGAACGCAUCAUUUGAAGUGAACGGGGGUGAGAGAUGUAUAAGAACACUGAUUUGACAUUAAUCAGUCGUUUGAUAGAUUUGUACUUCUGCUACGUAUUUUGUCUUUGGCUGCUGGACUGCUGAACAAAGAACAAAGUAAAUGUACAACAAUGAUAGAUACUGUAUGCUGUAUGAUGUCUAACUGUCCGGUUUGAGGUUUUUCUUUUCUUAAAGAUGAGUUAGAUUCGUUUUUUUUUGUUUUCAGGUAUUUUUCUCGGCAAAGGGAUAAUUUUGCAAAAUGGUUCUUUUUCUUUCCAAUAAGGGAAACGUUCCUCAGUCCCAGUGCCUGUCUGAGCUGUGAGGGGCCUCAGCCUCGGUCUCCACAGUCCGGAGGUAUCACUAAGAGGACUGGGAGCACUGGUGGACCCAGAGGCCUGUGUGUGUGUGUGUGUGUGUGUGUGUGGUCUGAACAGUCUAGUCUAUGUAAUGUUUGCUCCUAAAUGUUUACAAUAAAUAC